AUUUUUCCUCUUUCCCCUCAUUAAAUCCUUCAAACCAGAGAGGGAGGAGAGAUAGAGAGAGAGGGAGAGAGAGGGAGAGCUGCUUUCUCUUUUCUUCUUAUAUAUCAACCAUCUCUGUUUCUUAUCUCCUUUACUUUUAAUUCAACCGUUGACCAGAGAUGGGAGCGGCGCCGGAGUGCCGACGGCCGACGGGGAGGAGCGGCUGCGACGACGGCAUCGAGGACGAGGGCGCUGUGGGGGCGGCGCUGGGGAACCCCAAGUGUUGGCCGCCGGGUUUUCGCUUCCACCCGACGGACGAGGAGCUGGUGCUCUACUACCUCAAGCGCAAGGUCUGCCGCCGCCGCCUCCGCCUCCCCAUGAUCGGUGAUGUCGACGUCUACAAGUGCGAGCCUUGGGAGCUCCCUGAGAAAUCAGUGUUGAAGAGUGGUGACAAGCAGUGGUACUUCUUCAGUCCUAGAGACAGGAAGUACCCUAAUGGAUCGAGAUCCAAUCGAACUACCAAGCAUGGCUACUGGAAGACCACAGGAAAGGACCGGACAAUCUCUCAAAACUCAAAGGCUGUGGGUAACAAGAAAACCCUUGUCUACCACCGUGGCCGUGCUCCUAGAGGAGAACGCACCGAUUGGGUCAUGCAUGAGUAUACCUUGGAUGAGCAGCUGCUGAUGAGCUGCAACAAGGUGCAGGAUUGUUAUGCUCUUUAUAAGGUCUUUAGGAAGAGUGGACCUGGUCCGAAGAAUGGGGAACAGUAUGGUGCACCUUUCAGAGAAGAGGAGUGGGAAGAUGAUGGCGAAAAUGAUAGCUCUAGAAACCAGAACAGCAAGGAAUGCACAGCAUCUGAACAUCCUGAUAGUGCCACCUCCACCGGCAUGCUAGGUGAUGAGGGGAGCAGACUUCCAAUGGACGACCUUGAGGACUUUUUGCUGCAAUUGUCUAAUGAACAAGACAUAAUUCCACAACCUUCCAAACAUUCUGCUUAUGUUUCGGAGAUUGAUGCUGAAGCAGAAGUUGGAAGCCAUACCGAGGUGCCAUGUCUUGUAGAUGCUAAUUUUACUGAACAGAAUUUCAACUGGUGUGAGCUGAGCGGCGAGGAGCCAAACUCUGAGAUUACCAUGCCAGAUCCAGCUUGCAUGCAGCCUGUCAAGGAUCGUGUGAUAACAUCUAUUUCCACUUGUUCUGAUCAGGACCAAUUCAGGGAUGAUGAAGAGUUCUUGGAGAUCAAAGAUUUCAAUGACCCAGAGUCUGUAGAGUGGAGAGUAGAUGAUGUCAGCAACAAGGACAUCGUUCAUGACACUGGUGGAUUAUAUGAUUCUUAUGAUUAUUUUGAUGCCCCGAUGUAUUUAGCUGAAGAAUUCGAGCCUCUUGAUGGAGCAGGCCAGAAUCCAUAUUUCUACGAAGACCAAGCAUCUCAUAUCACCAGUGAGCUCUGGACAUUUGAGCAGGAUUUCGGUGUGGCAACUGCUGCAGAGUCAAAUGAUGUUAUUAUUGCACCACCAGCAUCAGGUGUUGUAUAUGCUAGUACUCCAUCAAAUCCUGGGGAGAACACCCAGGGGCAAAUUAGUCCUUUUGGAGGUGCUUCAGACUCAUGGUUCAGUUCGGCACUGUCAUCUUUGUUAGAUUCUGUACCAAGCAGUCCUGCACUAGCCUCAGAGAAUGCUUUAAUAAGUAGAGCACUUCAACGUGUUUCAAGCUUCAGAGCAGGGCCGAUUGGAGCUCAAGAACCAAAUGGGACAACAGGUGGAGGCACUUUGGCUUCUGGGAGGCAGAGAGAGAGCCACAAUGGUGGGUUCCUGUUUAUCUCAUUCCUGGUUGGACUUGUUGCUAUCUUUUGGGUGUUGACAAUUGGAGCUGCAUUAAAAAUUUUCAAGGGUUUGUGGGGCAAGUUCAUAUCGUCAUAGGUACAUGAUGUUACUGGAACAACCUUUAAUCCAUCUAUUCUGUUUGUUUUACUGAUCUUUACUUUGUCAAUCUAUCAUUUUCUAUCCUCAAGGAAGCCACUCAAAUAUUUACAA